GUGAUAAUAACUCGCCGCAAGUACCCUGUCUUGUUGCCUCUGGACGUCUUAUGGUCUACCAUACAAUCCCCGACAUGAGUUCCCCUGACGAACCACUGGAUGAUGCGAUUUUCAGACCACCUCGGAUCAGAACUCUGUCUCGCUUCACCAAGCGAAGGCUCCUCAUGGGAUGUAUUGCGCUCUCCAUCAUUGCGAUAUUGGUCCUCCUGUCGCGGCCUCCUGUACGACGCAGAAAUACAAGCCGGAAACUGGGCCAUCCUGAUUUCAAUAUUCAAUUGCCAUUGCGAAUACCUGAAGGGGAGCAAAACUGGGAGACGCGAAACAGAGAGUCUCUACAGGCAUUGGCCGAUUGUCUCCCUUCGAAUACUUGCAAGGAAAACCAAACCUCCAUCGUCCUCCUUGCAUCAGUUCAUUUUCCGAACAUUCUUCAAGGGAAAGUCUCGGGAGAAGACAUCUGGGCGGCAUCUGUGCGCAACGCCUUGGCUGGGUUGGGAUACACUUUCUUCUACUUCAGAAACCUAGAAUCCGCCGCCGUACAGUAUCGAAUGUUUCCCAACCUCGUUAAAGUCGUUCUGGCGGACGGCAGGGACAUCAAUGGCUGCAUCACUAACCCCGCCUGCAUCAAGAGUGAAUCGAAUCCGGUGGGGGUACCGAUCUGGAAAAUAUUCACUUUCCAUUUCUGGGAUGGUGAGCAGCAUCCACUGGGUCGCCCAUGGACUCUCUCCCCUGAAGACUAUCGAACCGGCAAUCAGUACAUCGGCUACAGCUUGGAAGAAGCAUGCAACCAACUCGACUUUGUGGCGCACGAGCAACGCCGAGAUCAGGUCUAUAUCCUGGCGAAACGGCGCUCAUAUUUUCACCGCAAGAGUUAUCCUUGGACAUCCGAUGCGUUAGUCCGAAUACGGAACGAAACUCGAAUCGCGCUCAUUGCCGGCUUUAUCAACGAUAGAGCAGCCGACAGCAAUCCAAUGGGAGUGACUAACUUGGGAAAACUCAACAAAACGGAAUUUCUCGACGAAAUUUCCCACAGUCGUGCGCUGCUCGGUAUUCUCAAGCCUUGGCUCUCUCCAUCACCAUACGACGCCCUAUGCCUGGGUGUUCCGUUCAUUAACCCCAUCGUUCGAUGGAACCGGACGAACCCCAUGGACAGGAGUGCUUGGUACACCCAACACAACGGACUGAAAUGGAUUGAAGAGCCCUAUGUAUACCAUGUGUUCAAGGGGGAUACCGAUGGGUUAGUGAGAGCAGUGCAAUCUACAGCUGACAACCCGAUCAAUCGAUUCAUACCACCAGCUAUGACGGAGAGAGCUCUCGCAGACCGGGUAUCGUACCUGGUCGAGCAUGAUUGGCGGACUGAUGCGGAGGUCAUUCUUACAGGCAUGUAUGAAUCAGACGACGAUUCCGAGCUGCGGCAGACUGCUUCCGAUCCAGAAAGACAGACUGAGGAGGGUGUUUUUCUCUUCCUGUAGAUAGAGCACGUGGUGCUCGAGGUAUGACAACCAUUUCAUAAUCAGUUAACCUUCUCGUAAUUCCUUGUCUCAUUACAAUCAUAACUAGACAUAUGCAUACAUUGUAACCCGGCCUCUUGUAAUCUCAAAGCA